CUCGGGCUCUCUGCCUCGCGCGCGCCUGGGAAAAUGUUGCGCAGGUUCUAAAAUGGAACGUCGGAGGCGGCGGCGGCGGCGUGAUUGAGCGCGCGAGGGGGGUGUGAGUGAAGUCAGCGCGAGAGCUGCAACCACAGCAGCAGCCUCGGGAGUCCGCGGCGCGCAGUCGGACCCCGCAAGUAAAGCUGCGACGAGCAGCAGCCGCCGCCUUCGCCUCCUCCUCCUCCUCUUCCUCCCUCUCUGUAUGGAGCUUUCCGCUAUUGGAGAGCAGGUGUUUGCGGUGGAGAGCAUCAGGAAGAAGCGCAUAAGGAAGGGCAAAGUGGAAUAUCUGGUGAAAUGGAAAGGAUGGCCCCCCAAAUACAGCACAUGGGAGCCAGAGGAUCACAUUCUUGACCCUCGCCUGGUGAUGGCUUAUGAAGAGAAGGAAGAGAGAGAGCGUGCCUCGGGCUACAGGAAGAGAGGUCCCAAACCCAAGCGCCUGUUGCUGCAGCAGAGGCUGUAUAGCAUGGACCUGAGGAGCGCACACAAAGGAAAAGAGAAACUCUGCUUCUCUCUGUCACGGAGGUUUGGGGGAGGAGGAAACAGCCUGGCAGGGACCAAGGGUGGGCCGGUGGAGCUGCCUGAGAAGAGUGGGGGUCCAGUCCUGCCUUUCCCCCUUCGGAAGCAGAGCAAGAACAAGAAGUACUUGCGCCUUUCACGGAAGAAGUUUGCCCGCAUGUCAAGCCUGGAGAAUCGGAACCGCCGCCGGGAGUUCUUCCUGAAGGAGCCCGUGGCACUGGAGGACAGGCAGACCCCCAAUGACUGGGAUGAUGCCACACAGCCUGCCAGCAAAGAGGUGAGCUCAGAGACAGCAGAAAGCAACCUAACCUGGAGCCCGGCCCUGCCUCCAAACGAAGUGACAGUGACGGAUAUCACAGCGAACUCCAUUACCGUGACUUUCAGAGAAGCACAAAUGGCAGAGGGUUUCUUCCGAGACCGGAGCACCCAAUUCUGAAUCUCCAUUUUUUAUUUCAUUCUCUUUUUUUUCCCCUUCCCCCCCCAUUUUUUUUCUUCCCAUGUUUGGGGGGGAUUUUUUUUCCUGCGUUCCCAAUCAGAUUUUCUAGGGUGGGUGAUUUUUAAUUAUAUUAUUUAACAAGCAAAAUCCCAAAAGAAUUCCUUCACAAAUGUUUACAGAGGAUUUUGAUUUUAUUUUGACUGUUGGUCUCUCUGACUCUUUCUUUUCUUCCUUACUCCACUUUCAAAUACGCAAAAACUAGAAAGGCAAUGUGGGGGUGCCUGUGUUUUUCCUCAUUUGUUACUAUAGAUAUAUACAGAUAUAUAUAUAUAGAUCUAUUCAGAAAGAGAAAGAGAGUAUAUAGAUA